AUUUUGCAGUUACUUAUUCAACUUAAAACCAACAUCAAACACAUCGGAUUUCUCAUUGUGUGUUUACCACACAACAGUUGAACUCAAAACAAUUUAAAAAUUGUUUUUGUGGUACAAGAAAUCGUGUUUUUUCAAGGAUGCAUACUGUAAGUGGCAAGAAUCUUAGCAGCGAAGAGUUGGAGGAUGUACAAAAAUGGCUGCUACAGAAUAAAAUUUGUUCGAGCAGGGUGCGUCGCGACUUUUCCGAUGUUUUACCGCUUGCCGAAAUACUAAAACGUGACUAUCCACGCCUAAUUGACCUCUACAACUACCCGAAAAAGAGUAGUGUGCAGCUUAAAUUGGCCAAUUGGGAGACAUUUAACUUUAAGGUUCUUUCCAAGUUUAACAUGACCCUGAGCAGGGAUUUUAUGGAACAGUUGGCAAAUGGUGUCAAUGGAGCCGCCGAAGUAUUGUUACACGAAGUGAUACGGUUGGAAAAAAGGCAGCGUGUUGCAGUGGAACGUAAUGCGGCGAUGCGGCAAGAGCAAUCAUGGGAAGAAAAUGAUGAGGUGAAAACGGUUGUUGUUAACAAACAGAUUGGGGAUGGUAUCGUUCAAAUUCCACAAAAAAUGAUUCUUUAUUCGCGUUACGAAAAAAUAGCACGUGACAGCCAAGCCAAGGAUGUUAUUAUUGAUGCAUAUCAACAGCGUUUGGCUCACUUGGAAAACAUAAUAAAAAUAAAAACUGAGCGUAUUGAAGAACUACUAAUGCAGAUGGGAAAAUUACCCCAAAGGGGACAAACUCUCAAUUCAACGAGUUGCAUCCAAGUUUUUGAUGUCAAGGACUCAGCUAGCAAACGUCAAGUUCUUGGACCAGGUUCAUCUGGCGACCCGGAAUGCACUACCUGAAUAAGUUUGAGUUUAAUCCACCUGUAGUUAUUAACUAUUGUUAAAAAGCGUAACCAAAUUAUCGAUUACAACUAUAAAUAGAUCAACAAGAAAGAG